CGUUUUUAUAAAUCAUAAUUAAAAUAAUGAAAGUGACAAUCGCCCUUGUAUUGUUAGUCACAUUAGCAUCAGCCACAUCUACUUAAGAUUAGAUUCUUGCUUUACUCUAAACAGGCACAAAAGCAAGUGAUGCCAUUGAUACAGUGUUUGGUUUGUUGAAUGAUUUAGUUCAAUCUAAUAAGGAUGCUUAAUUUGCUGCAGAUUAAAAGAAUGAAACAGAUGAAUGGGUAGGUGCAUAAACAAUAGAGUAAUUUACAAAAAUAAAGAAUUUGAAUUAGAAAUUAUUCUAAUAAUCAAUUGAAAAUAGAGCAUAAUUUGAAUAAGAAUUGUAAGAUACAAAGAAUUAUCUUGCAUGGAAUGAAUAAAGAUAAGAUGAAAUAGUAAGAAAGAUUGGUGUAUUACUUGAUGAAUAAUGUUUAAGUAAUCAACUUUUUGUUAGAUCAAUUAAAUAAAAUAGAGAAGCUCUUGAAGUAGUAAGAGUACUUAGAUAAGAUGUUGCAGGAUACAUAAUUAAUGGAGAUUCAUUUGAAUUAGCUUAAGUUCAAAGUGUUGCUGAUAAAAUAAAGCAAUACAGAAAUACAUUCUAAGAAUAAGAAAUAGAAUCUUUCCUCUAAUUAGCAAAUAAAUAAGAAGAUGGUUCAGUUAGUAGAGGAGCAACACUAGCAGAAAGAGUCUUAGCUGUAUUAGAAUCACUUGAAGCCAAUCUUUAAGCUUCACUUGAGGCUCUUGAAGUUAAUGAAAUUAAUGCUUCAUGGGAAUUAGCUGGUUGGGUUUCAUUGAGUGAAGCUGAAGUUUCAAAUCUUAAAGUUGAAUAUGAAAGAAAAUAAGUCUAUGCUGAUAGAUUAGCUACUGUAUUUAUUAUUUAUAUUAUUUAGUAAAUAUAAGCUGCUUUAGCUUAAUAAGCAAAAUCAAAGAUUAUUCUUUAAGAAUCUUAAGAUGCUUUAGAUUAAGCAUAAUCUGAUUUGGAAAAUAAGAGAGCUGAUUAUGCUGAAGCCAAAGCCAAGAGAGAUGAAGAGAAUGCUAUCCUUGAAUAAGUUAUCAUUAUGUUCAAGAAAUAAGUUGCUUCAUGGUCUGGAAGAUGAGACUCAUCAUUUUAUAUCAAUAUUAAUA